UGACCGGAACCGGAAGCGGGACCCGCGCCAGGCGGGGAAGCCGGCGUCCGACCAGUCAGCAGACUGUGGCGGUCCCCAGGGGCGGCGGCCGCGCUGCUCGGUGCGAGCCAGUCCCGCGGUGGGGCGGGCGGCCCGAGGGCGCGGCACCAUGAAGCUGUACAGCCUCAGCGUCCUGUACAAAGGCGAGCCCAAGGCAGUGCUGCUCAAAGCCGCGUACGACGUGUCCUCCUUCAGCUUCUUCCAGAGGUCCAGUGUUCAGGAGUUCAUGACCUUCACAAGUCAGCUGAUUGUGGAGCGCUCGGCCAAGGGCAGCAGAGCUUCCGUCAAAGAACAAGAGUAUCUGUGUCACGUCUACGUGCGAAACGACAGCCUUGCAGGAGUGGUCAUUGCUGACAGUGAAUAUCCGUCCCGGGUGGCCUUUACCUUGUUGGAGAAGGUACUAGACGAAUUCUCCAAGCAGGUGGACAGGAUAGAGUGGCCAGUCGGAUCCCCUGCUACAAUUCACUACACGGCCCUAGACGGCCACCUCAGUCGCUACCAGAAUCCUCGAGAAGCUGAUCCCAUGACUAAGGUGCAGGCUGAGCUGGAUGAGACCAAAAUCAUUCUGCACAACACCAUGGAGUCUCUGCUGGAGCGAGGGGAGAAGCUAGACGACCUGGUGUCCAAAUCCGAAGUGCUGGGGACACAGUCUAAAGCCUUCUAUAAAACGGCCCGGAAGCAGAACUCUUGUUGUGCAGUCAUGUGACAGCAGCGCGCAGAGGCCCCUGGGCCGAAACGCCCCAUCAUUCGCAUCAGAACCACAGCCCCUCGAGCAGCAGAGCCACCACGGGAAGUCUCUGCACCCCUGGAGCCCUUGGCAGGGACCGAGGGGUCGUGGAAGAGCCUGGGGGUGGGGAACAUUCAAAUUUACAUGCCUGGUGAUUUUUGAAAAGAUGGUUUCAGGCACCCAGGGGUGUAUCAUUAGGCCAGAUGAAACUAUAAACUCUGAGUGACUCACACCGAU